AUGGAACUAAUACGUCUUUGUGUCAACAUUAACAAAAAUCAAAAUCUGGCCUAAAGGUCUAAUAGGCCUAUACCAGGCCAUAAACUCCAAAAAAAAAACCAAAAAUCAAAACAAAGUUUGUGAGAUCCUUUAGAAAUUAAAGUAGACUUGAUUAUUGCUAAUUUAAAUUUACGUAUCAACUUCGUUUUUUUUUCUAAUAAUUAAAUAAAUGUAUCUUUAAAUUCAUAUCUCAUACUUUUAAAAUGUCCGAAGUAUAUAAACUAAUACAUCCAGUAAAACAUUUCAACGAUUAUAUUUCUAUCAAAACUAGACUAGACGGAAGAAACUUCGAUGAACAUCGGAACAUAAAGUUAAAUGUUAAUUCCAUAAAAACUGCAGAUGCAUCGGCCGUAGUUAAAUGUGGUAAUACAACAGUUGUAUGUGGAAUAAAACUGGAAUUAGCAGUACCAAAAGCUGAAGAACCUGACUUAGGUUUUUUAAUAACAAAUGUGGAACUACCUGCUUUAUGUUCUUCUAAGUAUAGACCUGGCCCUCCUUCAGAUUAUGCACAAGUUAUAAAUAAUAUUGUAUCAGAAAUUAUCAAAAAUUCUAAAUGCAUUGAUCUAAAAGAUCUUUGCAUUGUACCAGAUAAAUUAGCAUGGGUUGUGUACUGUGAUAUGGUGUGUAUUGACCAUGACGGGAGCCUGGUUGAUGCAUGCAUCAUAGCACUGAUAGCCAGCUUCAAAACAUUACUAUUACCAUCUGUUAAUUAUGACACAGAAACAGAAGAAAUAAAAGUAGAAACAAAUGAGAGGAUAAAUCUCAAAAUCCAUGGACUACCGGUAGCUACAAGCUUUGCUGUGUACGAACAUUUUCAAAGCCAAAUAAUAUUAUUAACUGAUCCAACAAAUUAUGAAGAAGAGAUGUGUGGAGGCAAUGGAUCAAAUUUAAUAAUCUCCUACAACAAAGGCUUAUUAUGUGGCAUUCAGAAAUUGGGAGGUGGUAGUUUAUCAACAGAAAAUAAUGAGGAAGCAAUAAGAUUAGCUGAACAACACACAAUAGCAGUGGAGAAAGUAAUCAAUGCAUGUUUAGAAGGAAAAGGAACAAAUAAAUAACAAUAUACUUAAUGUUAUUGUU